CACACGCCGACGCCCACCACACAAACGCCCACGCACAUCUUCCUCCUCUCCGCCCGCCAGCGGCCUGCAUAUUUUUUUUCCUAACACCUUCUUACUCUGCUUCGUCUCUCGACAACGCCGCCCAAUCUUCCGCCCGCCAAACCAGCUCCUACUCCCUCUUCCUCUCCUCGAUCUCUUAUCCGCCUUGCUUCUCGUCGCUUCGCCACUCCCCUUCUGCAGCAGCAGCACCAAGCACUGGUCCGCCGCCCGCUACACACCCCCUCAUCCGAUCUCCUCCCCGUCUUCGCAGCUUUCGACCUCGUGGACAUUGCUCUCCAUCGCCGCUCCUGUCCACCCCCACGGUCUCGCCCACGAUAGCUUCCUAGCGAUACAGAAUCAUACAAUCAUGCCCGGCCGCACGGUGCUUUAUAAGCUUGUCGUCCUCGGCGAUGGCGGUGUCGGCAAGACUGCCUUGACAAUCCAGCUCUGCUUGGAACACUUUGUAGAAACGUACGACCCGACCAUUGAAGACCAAUACCGAAAGCAAGUGGUCAUCGAUGACCAUCCUUGCAUGCUCGAGGUUCUUGAUACCGCCGGCCAAGAAGAAUAUACAGCCCUCCGCGACCAAUGGAUCCGCGACGGCGAAGGCUUCGUCCUCGUGUAUAGCAUCACCUCCCGGUCCUCCUUUUCGCGAAUCAAGCGCUUCCACCACCAGAUCCAGCGAGUCAAGGAGUCGUGCGCCUCGUCGCCCUCGUACCCAGGAUCGCCCAUCUCCACAGCCAACCCGCAGCUGCCAGCCCCCAUCAUGCUCGUCGGUAACAAGAGUGACAGGGUCACGGAGCGCGAGGUGUCGACGCAAGAAGGUCAUGCCCUCGCCCGUGAGCUCGGCUGUGAGUUUGUCGAGACGUCAGCAAAGAACCGUGUCCAUGUGGAAAAGGCCUUUUACGACGUGGUCCGCAUCCUCCGCCGCCAACGUCAACAGACAACUCGCCGCUCUGGCGCUGCUGGCGGCCGCACUCGCACCGGCAAUGGCGAUUUGGGCCGUGAUAGCCAGUUUGGCAAGCCCAGACGUGGCAAGGAUGGCGAGCGUCGCUCAAGAUGCACUAUUUUAUAAACCCAAAACACUACCCAACCCCGACACCGUUCUUACUCCUCCUCAUUUUUAUCUCACUACCCAACCCGGUAUUGUGAUAAUCGCAUGUGCCGCACGGACAUUAUCAGCCCUCAGCGGCGCAUGGUAAUGGCUUUUACACCGGACAGCACAACCCCCCCCC